GGGGGAAUGGGAGGAGGGAUGGGAACAAUGGGAGGAGGAGGGAUUGGGGGAAUGGGAGGAGGGAUGGGAACUGCUGGGGGAAUCGGGUCCAGAGCCGGAGAGCCUUACCGCCUGGCUGCUCACGACAGUCCAUCCUCCCCACGACACAUGCAGUCCAGUCAGGGUUCUGGCAUGGGGCAGGGCCCGGGCUCUGGCCACGGGAUGGGUCACGGCGCAGCCGGGUCCGGCAUGGGAGUCCAGGGAGGUCAAAGUCCCGGCCAGCACGCCUCCCGUCGCAACCUCCAAGUUGACUUCAGUGGUUCGAGCGGCUCGAGGACGGGCCGGUCUCCAUCUGUGUCUCCUGACCGGGGGGUGACACCCACCUCGCCCUACUCCCUGCCGCAGAUCGCGCCCAUGCCGAGCAGCAAACUUUGCCCAGUGUGCACCACCACCGAGCUGUCCAACCCGCCAGCUGUACCCAACUACAACACCUGCACCCAGUGCAAGGCCACCGUGUGCAACCAGUGCGGCUUCAACCCCAACCCUCACCUUACUGAGGUCCAAGAAUGGCUGUGUCUAAAUUGUCAGAUGCAGCGAGCUCUUGGCAUUGAUAUGACCACACCUCGCUCUAAGAGCCAACAGCAGAUUCACUCUCCGUCGCACCAAGCCAAACCCAUUGUCCAGCCUCAGCAGCCCGCAGCACAGCCAACACAGCCCACAGCAGCAGUACAGUCCAAACCGUUGGCACAGAGUCAGUCUCCCCACCGGCAGCAGCAGCAGCAACCUCAUUCUCAGCCUUACGGCCAGACUCAACCCUACACCCAGUCCCAGCAGUAUCCCCAGUCUCAGCCACAGCCAUACCCUUCGUCACAGCCAGGAGCCCAGACACAGCCUCACACCUCACAAGGCUUACAGACACAUCCUGGAUCUGGUGGUCCCCAAGCUAAGACAGGGCCCUCCCAGCAGGGUGUGAGGUCUGACCAAUACUCCCAGAGAGUUACUGGAGCUCCAGGAGGUGUUGGAGGGACAACAGGAGGCUUCAGCCAGCCGGGAGGUCCUCGGAUUCCCCACCCAGGUGCCGUACCACUCCCUGGUUUGACAAAGGCACCCUCGCAGCCUGAUUUGGGCCGUGGCUCUCCAAUGCAUCAAUCUGUGUCACGGCACCAUGACCAGACUAGAAGUGCUGGAUCCUCUCCAGCUCAUAAACCUCCGAGUCAGAUCCCUCCACCUGCCCAGGAUGGUCUGACCAAACUGUUUGGCUUUGGGGCAUCGCUCCUCAAUCAGGCUAGCACGCUGAUAAAUGUUGACCCCCUACCCACUGCCCCCACACAGCCCAGCCCUGCUCGAGGCAAGGUGGUGUUCAGCAAUGCAACUCCUGAAAACAGGCAGCAGCAGCAGCAGCAAGGGGCCGCCGGCAGCAAGCCUUUCAGUAUGGGUGGUCCUCAGGCUCCAAGCCAAAUGGGAGGUCCUCGUGGGCCAAGUCAAAUGGGAGGUCCACAUGCAGCAAGUCAAAUGGGGGGUCCACAUGUACCAAGUCAAAUGGGGGGUCCACAUGCGCCAAGUCAAAUGGGGGGUCCACAUGCGCCAAGUCAAAUGGGUGGUCCACAUACACCAAGUCAAAUGGGAGGUCCUCAUGUUCCAAGUCAAACUGGAAAUCUUUGUGGGCCAGGCCAAAUGGGGAGUUCUUAUCUGCCAAACCAAAUGGGGGGUUCUCAUGCAGCAAGUCAGCCAGGUGGUCCACAUGUGCCAGGUGAAAAAGGAGGUACCAUUGGUGGAUCACAUGCACCAACUUCAAAGCAGCAGCAGCAGACCCAACAACAAAAAGAAAUGCCAAAACAGCAAACACCUGCUCAACAUCAAAAGGAGCUGCAAGGACAGCAGCAUCAGCAAACACCUGCUCAGCAGCAGAAAGGGUUGCAGAAGCAGGAGCCACCGACAGCACCUGUGGUGGCUCCGGAACCGGUGAAGCCCAAAGUGAACUGCCCUCUUUGUAAAACGGAGCUGAACACUGGCAGCUCUGACCCUCCCAACUACAACACCUGUACGCAGUGUCAAAGCCAAGUGUGCAACCUGUGUGGCUUCAACCCAACGCCGCAUCUGGUUGAGAAAAAAGAGUGGUUGUGUCUCAACUGCCAGACACAGCGGCUGAUGUCUGGAGGCGGUCUCGACGAGCCUCCUCUUCCCGUUCCUCAUCCGUCUCCUAAACACCAACCGAUGGGCUCGCCUCGUCACCAGGCCCCAACCGGCCAGCAGAGUCCUCUUCACAAGCCCGCCGCCGCUCAGCAGGGCACCAAACCAGCCCAGCCCCAGACACAAAAACCACAGGUGGGAACUUGUGUUAGUGGACCAUUUGCGCCCACGUCUGCCAAACAGUCGACUGACACCAAGACCACAGCACCAGCUGUAACACCUGUGCCAACCACCGAGACCCAGAAACAAACAAAACCAACAGAGGAGAAGUCCAAGACUGAGCCUGAGACCCAAACUGCCAAAGAGACCAAACCCUCACAGAUUAAAGGAGAGCAGAUCACAUCUGUCAAAGAAAUCAAAAAAUCCAGACACUAUGACGAUACAAAAAACAACAGUACCCACGACUUGUCACGCAGCCCUCAAAGCCUCAGUGACACCGGCUACUCCUCUGAUGGGAUCUCAAGCUCACACAGUGAAAUUACAGGCCUAAUCCAGGAGGAGGAGAUGAAGCUGAGUGAGAGGGGCAUCAUUGGGCGGGGCUCCCCGCCAAGCCCCUCUGAAAUCACCAAACUAGAGAGCUCCAUGAGGCCACUGUUAGAAAAGAGCUUCUCUGAGGAGAAACCAGACAGAAGAGGAAGGAAACACAGGGACAGAGACUUGGAUGACAGAGGAAAACAGCGCCCACGUUCGCUUUCAAUCCCACCAGAUGCGUACGACUCUGACGAGGAAUUAGGAGAUAUACUGGAGGAAGAGGAAGAUGGUGGAGACUGGGAGGGGAAAAGGAAAGAAGGGAAAGAUGACAAGAAAGAGAAGAAGAAAAAGGAUAAGGAGGCUGACCCCACCGAGAUGACGGACGAGGAGUUCAUGAGAAGGCAAAUAAUGGAGAUGAGUGCAGAUGAAGACAAUGAGGAGGAGGACGAAAUGGAGGAAGACGAAGACGAGGAAGAUGAGGGUUACGGCUACCAGAAACCCAAGAAAAUUCACCACAAGCACAUCAUGUCUGAUUCAGGGAAAGAAAAGAGACGCCUUCAGCACCAUUCUAGCAGUUUUGAAGAGGAAACCAAGAGCUCCACUGAUGUGUACAAGAGCUCGUUGGAAGAGGGUGAGGAAGACGUGAUGGCAUCGCAAGGCGGCCUGAGGCGCUUCAAAACGAUUGAACUCAACAAUACUAACAGCUACAGCAGAGAUAUAGAGCUGAGCCAUGAAAAUGAUUUAAGCCUCGAUCGGGAACCAGAGCUGGAAAUGGAGAGCCUAACAGGAUCUCCUGAGGAGCGUUCAGGUCGUGACUAUUCUUCAACUCUGCCCCCGACUUCAUCCUCGUACGGCUCAGGGCAGUCUCCCACGUCCAUCUCAUCGAUGGAGGAGGACAGUGACAGCAGCCCUAGCAGGAGGCAAAGACUAGAGGAGGCCAAGCAGCAGAGGAAAGCACGCCAUCGCUCCCAUGGCCCUCUGUUGCCCACCAUUGAAGACUCUUCAGAAGAGGAUGAGCUAAGAGAGGAGGAAGAGCUUUUAAGAGAGCAGGAGAAGAUGAGAGAGGUAGAACAGCAGAGAAUAAGAAGCACAGCACGAAAGACCAAAAGGGAUAAGGAGGAGCUGAGGGCACAGAGGCGCAGAGAAAGGUCCAAGACACCACCUAGCAACCUUUCCCCAAUUGAAGAUGCUUCCCCUACAGAAGAGUUAAGGCAAGCAGCAGAAAUGGAAGAACUUCAUCGUUCUUCUGCUUCUGAAUAUUCGCCUCAAAGUCUCGACUCCGAGGCUGAGGGAUAUGAAUCCAAAAUCUAUAAGUCUGGCAGCGAGUACAACCUGCCCACAUUUAUGUCUCUAUACUCACCAAUGGAGAAAUCCUCCACGACCACAACAACCACGGCCCCUUCGUCCACAUCCAAACCUCUGAAGAGUGCUGAGGAGGUUUAUGAGGAGAUGAUGAAAAAGGCAGAGAUGCUUCAAAAGCGAGAGAAAUUACAACAGCAGCAACAACACGUACGACAUGGGCAGUACUACGAGGAGGAUAUUAAUGGACAGAAUUAUGAUGAUGACUAUGACUAUGAGCAAGAUCAGACUGGAUACGACAAUGAAGCAGCAGAGACAGAAACUGAUAUCUAUGAGGAAAUUCGACAAACAUCUCAAAACAUCACCAAGAUGCAGCAGGCUACAGAUGAGCAAGUAGAAAUUGAAAUUGAAAGCUCUUUUCCAGACAAGCAGCUCUUAGACACCGGCUCGGCUUUUGCUAAGCUGCUGGAGCAAAGCAAUGCUCUCCUAACUCCAGGGACCAGCCCUACGCAGAUCUCCGCUCCUGUUUCUUUUGCUGAAACUGGAGGUAGAAUACCAGAUGUGAGAGUGAGCCAGCAUUUCACUGCAAAAGAUGGACACAAAGACAGGAUCAAAAGCCAAGCAGGAAAGAAUGGAAUUACUCCCACUGUGGCUGCUACCACUAUCGCAGCUUAUGGCGUUUACGCCAGAGAUGCAGUAACUCUCUCUCAACUUGGUUCAAGCCACACCAUGACAACUACUCAAUCUGACACAUCUCGCAGACACACGGGAAGUUUUGCUACAUCCUCAGCAACCGUGUCAAGUGUAUGUAGCAAGAUUGCUGAGAUUACACAGGCUUACAGUCAAAGAGAAGUGAUCACCAGGAGGGUUGGGGAGACCAGAGGUGUCCAAGUGAGAGACAGCUCAACAUCUUCAGCUGAGAGGAUUAUUGAGCCACGUUCUCCUAAAUAUACCACUUAUUACAGAAGCACCAGUCCUCCUUUGUCUCCAUCACCACCACCACCCCAGAGUCCCACUCGCUCUCCUUCUAGAAGGGCUACUGCAGAGUUCUCUACACAAACGUUCAGCUCAGCACUGAGAAUUGAACCUACUGGUUCUGGGCCUUCAUCCCCUGUGACGGCUCAGGCAACCCAGACAUCACAUAGAUCCGUUUCUCAACGGUUGCAUAGACAGCAGUCUUCCCAGGAUGCCCCGUACUCCCCUCCUCCAGGGUCAGCUAGGCCAAUGACUGUGAACACUGCUACUUCCCCCUUGUCCUCACCUACUCGAUUUAGUCGCCAGUCAACAUUUGACAAUUACUCCCCUUGUGGCAGCCCCCCAGAUACGCCACCUUACCAACAGUCUCCAACACGCAGCUUCUAUCAAACACAAAGAGUAGAAAAGGUAAGUGUAGGGACGAGUAUGGUCACCACAGCCAGCUUAUACAGCAGAGGGUCUGUGUCAAUGGACAAUAUCUCCCUCUGUAGAAUAUCCACAGUCCCAGGCACCUCAAGGGUAGAACAGGGUCGUAUGAUCCAGGGCGGUAGUGUUGUGGAUCUCAGGACAGCCACCAAACCAGCUCCUAUUAUCAUGACUGACCAGGGAAUGGAUCUUACCUCUUUAGCUACAGAAAGCAGAAAAUAUCAUGGUGGACCAGAGGGUAGUAGACAUUCAACAAUUAUACAGCCACUGAUUAUGAACUUAAACACCCAGGAAACUACAACACCAACUACUGUGAGUGUCACUGUAGCAGCUUCUAUGUUUAUGAUGCAGCCCAAGCAGCCUGCAGUUUAUGGUGACCCUUAUCAAAACCGAAUGGAUCUGGGUCAGGGCAUGGGCUCUGUUGUAUGUCUUUCUCCUAACAAAGUGUCCAUUUCUCCUCCGACUGACCCAUCAAUUCCAAAAAUCGAUGCUAAACUGGAAGAUCUUAGUAUCCAACAACAAGAACUACAAAAACAACAAGAGAAGCUGCAGAAACAACAAGAGAUCCUUGAACAACAGUUACAGCAGCACCAUCAGAUGCAGCAGCACCAACAGCAGCAGGCAGCUGUUUUGACCAAGUACAACCUUACAGGCCAAGCAUCACCUUUACUCAAAAAAAACUUGAUAGUCAGCCAGACUAGUGCUGCCUCAGUUGUGGUCAGUGCUGUUUCACCAGUCAUUAACCCUGAAGUGUAUGGCGCUAGCCCCAUUGAGCUGAGAGGGAAGCCCAGUCCUCCUGGUUUAAUGCCAGGAGGGAAAUCACCACAUAGUAUGGUAGUACAGAUGGAUGAAGGACCAGAACCAAUCAGGGCAGUAACUCAACUAGUGACGGUAGAAGAAGGUCAAGAUGCAGUGGAUUUGACAGGAGGCCAAAUUAAGCCUGACAGCCAGCCAGCUUGCUGUGAUGUUGUUUACAGACUUCCUUUCGGUGCAAGUUGUGUUGGCGGCCCAGAGAAAGAGGGAAUAAGACCACCAUCUGCCCCUCCUAUUACCUAUGAGCUUGAUCAAGAAAGACAACAUGGAAGGUACCAUGAAUAUCCAAUGGAAACUCGUAGGGCCUACACAUUGCCUUUUCCUGGUAGGCUCCAGCCAUCAAUGUCUGAUACAAACCUUGCUGAUGCUGGACUACAGUCCUACUAUUCUAAAAUUGAACCACACCUCCAACCUUCAGGUGAACUUGCAAUGGAUUUAACAGCAAUGAAGCAGGGCUAUGGAGGAUACGUGGGGAUGCAGUAUGGUUCCUAUACAGACUUGCGGCAUGAUGGAGACAUAUCAGCUCAAACAUUGCCUAUAAGGAGGUAUAAUUCCUUGUCUAACAUCAGCUCAGAUUAUGGCUAUUCUGCACGUGACAUUGCUAGCUUUCAAGAAGCUAACUUGGCUCAGUACAGUGCUACAACUGCAAGAGAGAUCAGCCGAAUGUGUGCAGCGCUCAACUCCAUGGAUCGAUAUGGAAGCAACCCUGACUUGAUGCACUUUGGCAGCCUGGGCAGAGGUACUGGUCCAGGUGCCUCCAGACUGGCAGCAGGUCUUGGAUUAAGGCAAAACCUUAUGUUUGGAUUGGAUGGAAAGCCACUGUCUCAAAAUCAGGCAUUAACUAACCUGAUCAAUGCCCGGCAGGCGAGUCUGAGAGCCAUGUAUCCUGCUGCUAUUAGAUCUUCAGAUGGAACGAUUUACUCCACCAUUCAGACCCCCAUAGCUUCAACGCUUCCCAUUACAACCCAGCCUGCCUCUGUUCUUCGACCACUACUGAGAGGUGUCUACAGGCCAUAUGCCUCCCCCAGCAUGACUCCAGUGCCCCUUUCCAGUCUUACCAGAUUACCAAUAAGCCCUCGAAUGCCCUUGGUUGGACAAGCUCCAGUUUGUUACCCAGCACCAGGUGUUCUUCAAACAACUUCAACCACUUCUUCUACCAUUACAGAUGCAUCGACUUCAGCACCAGUACUGACCCUUGAAUCUGCUUCUUUAACUACAAGCUCAGCGAUUCAGGCAGAGCCAGUUUAUCUUGGCAAAGGUGCUACAGUGACGUCAGCAGAGGUCACUUCAGUACAAGGAGCAGUUGUCAUACCAUCUGAACCACAAGAGCAGCCAAUAAACCUGUCUCAGGCACACCUGAACAGUCAGCAACAGCAACAGAAACAAGUGACAACUGCUCAGCAAGCUUCUCAGCAAGCUCCUCAGCCAGCGUACGCCUAUCCACCCCAAGGCCCUGCAGUAUGUCAUGGCUACACCCAACCUGUGCCAGUCUCAUCAGUCGCCACUAGUAGCUUGCCCAUUGCAGGCGGUCUUCCCCCAUUUCCCCCACCAGGAGCUAUUCACAAGGAGGGUGAAACCGAGGCAGAGAGGCUGCACCGACAACAGGAGCAGCUCCUGCAGAUGGAGAGAGAGCGCGUGGAGUUAGAGAAACUCCGGCAGCUGCGUCUGCAAGAGGAGCUGGAACGUGAAAGGAUGGAGCUGAAGAUGCACAGAAAAAAAGAGCAGAUACUGGUGCAGAGAGAGUUACAGGAGCUGCAGACUAUCAAGGAACAGGUGCUACAUCAGCAGCAGCAAGAACGUGAGAAACAACUUGUUCUUCAGCGGGAGCAGCUGGCCCAGCAGAAAUCCCAGUUAGAUCAGAUACAGUCUUUACAGAAACAGCUCCAGCAGCAGCUGGAGGAGCAGAAGAGGCAGAAAACAGCUGCUGUGGCUCAGGGCGUGCAGCUGGAUAUGACUGGACAGCCAUUGCACCCCUACAUGGACCCUCAGAUGAGCUCUCGGUCCCUCCCCAACUCUUCUUCAGAAAUGUGUUUAAGGACCCAAGAAGAGCAAAUGGAGACCAGAGCUGGCAUGAGGAAACACAGCUCCCUGAGCAGACUGAGCAGGGACACUGCGGAUGGCGAUGGUGUGGUGUUCUACGGUUCCUCCCGCAAGAAUGUGGAUAGCUGUGUCCAGACUGAUGAUGAGGAUGGAGAGGAGAGGUACAUGAUGCGUCAUCGCACCAGGAGACGUGGUCGUAGCGUUGACUGCUCUGUCCAGACUGACGAUGACGAGGACAAGGCUGAACAUCCAGUCCGCCGAAGGCGUUCCCGUUUCUCGCGACACUCUGAGUCCAGCGCUGGCAGCAGCACCGCUGCGACAACAACCUCAGCCUCAGACACCAAACCUGACACGUCCAAGAUAGUUUCCUCCAGUAUCGCCAUUCAGACCAUCAGGGAAGUGUCUUGCCAGACAGAAGUGGAGCACCUAGGAAGAGUCUCUCCAGCAAUCCAUGUGACAAUGCCGGAUCCCAACAAAGUAGAGAUUGUCCACUACAUUUCUGGACCUGAACGAACACAAAAAGGACAAUCUCUUGCGUGCCAAACUGAUCCAGAAGCACAGUCACAGGGUGUUGUAGCCCCCCAGCUCAGCGUACCAACUACAGUCAGUCCGUAUUCUUCCUCUGUCAGUACAGGAACACAGCAGUCCAGUUCAGCUGACCUUCUGACCCACCAGCGCCAGCAGCAGCACGUCACGGCUAAUGCAGCCAAAUUUGAGCGUCGCCGCCCCGACCCGCUCGACAUCAACUAUCAGCCUCACAACCACCUUCACAACGAGUCCAUCUCCAGCAUCAUCCGUCAGCAGCAGACUACCCCGAAAUCUCCACAGGUCCUCUAUUCUCCUGUCUCCCCAGUGUCCCCUCAUCGCCUGCUAGAGACCUCCCUGUCAAGCGAAAGACUGAACAAGGCCCACGUCACACCUCAGCAGAAGUCCUACACCGCCGAAUCCCCACAGCGACACCCCUCUGUGCCCCGACCCAUCAAGAGUGCUCAGAGGUCCAUGUCAGACCCCAAGUCCCUCAGCCCCACUGCAGACGAGCACACCAAGGCCAGGCUAUCCCUGUAUCAACAACAAGCACUACAGAACCAGCUGGCUGCCUUACAGCAAAGCUCUUUGCUUCGCAAGGUCAAGCGAACCCUGCCCAGCCCUCCUCCAGAUGAAACUGCAACAUCAGCUCACCUCUCCAUGAUGACGCCUGCCCAACAACAUCUCUACCUGUCCUCCGUGCCCAGCCUCAAGCCCAGUUCAAGGUCUGGCCUGGCUGCAAAAGCCAGCCUACUGAAAGAUCUCACCCAUGAGCUGAAGGCUGUGGAGCAAGAGUCAACCAAACUUCGAAAGCAGCAAGCUGAAUUGGAGGAGGAAGAAAAAGAGAUUGACGCUAAGCUGAGAUACUUAGAACUGGGAAUCCACCAGAGGAAAGAGACUUUGGUAAAAGAGAGGGAAAGAAGGGACAUUGCCUACCUGAGAUGUAUGGGUGACACCAGGGACUAUAUGUCUGACAGUGAGUUGAAUAACUUGCGAUUAGCAGCUGCAGCUGCGUCACAUGAAACGAAUGGACUUCUAACAAAUAGACCAAGCACUGCUCCACUAAGCCAGUUUACCAGUGACCUCAACACAGCUGCCCAGUACCCACCGACCUCAUCCUUCCUCUCCUGUCAGUACCCCCAGAGUCAACUUACUGUACCGUCUCAGCAGUCAAGUGUCCCCUACCAGUCAUCCACAUUCAACCAGCCUCCUUACCCAACAGUGUCCCAGUCACAGGCACUGCCACAACCAGUACCCCUUCAGAGCCAUGCCCCUCCUCCUGGACCUUCCUACCAGCCUCAAACAUCCUAUCCUUCCCACACCUACCCCCAAACUCAGCCCCCAUACCCACAGACAGACAGUGGGUUACCAGCUGCACCUCAACCUCAGCCUCCAUCGGGGCCCACAGGUUUCGGGCCUGCACCACCUGGUCAGCCCCCAUACCCCACCCACAGCUCACCUUAUCCCAGCGCUGUGUCCCCCUACCCCAGCCAAACAACCCCAUACCCUGGGCAGCCUCAAGCGGACAUCCUCACAGUUCAUUCAGGAAGACCGAGACAGACUUCACUAGCUGAACUUGAGCACAAGAUGCCAACUAACUACGAGACAAUCAGCAACCCCACAGUUGUGGUCACCACCACAGCCCAAGAUGUUAACUUUUCCAGUGGAGCCCCAUCCUAUGGUCAGUACACCGGAACAACAACCAUGGCAAGCACCUAUGGGCCUUAUGGGUCUGCUCCUGUGUCUAGCAGUUAUGGUGGUUACUCUACAAUGCCACCAAGCACUUAUGGUCCGUACACUUCAACCACAGCUACUUCAUAUGGUCUGUACACCACAACCACUGCUAAUACUUAUGGCUACACCACCACCACAGCCAGCUCUUAUGGACAAUACACCUCCACCGUUUCCAAUGCUUAUGGACUUUCUGUAGACAGUCCUUCGACCUAUAGCACAGCAGAUGGAAUGUAUGGGGCCCCUGGCUUAGAGCAAAAUAUCCCAAGGAACUACAUGAUGAUUGAUGAUGUCAGCGAGCUGACAGCAAAGGAUGGGCUGGGCACGACAACAGGAGACAUGAUGCAUCAUGGCAGCAGUGGGCGUUACCCAGGCGAUAUCCAUGGCCAUGGCAGCACACCUGGCAGCACAGCACGUGGGGGAACUGGCGGCUCCCCUUAUGGCAGGGCACCUGAGGAGGAAGCAGCGAUGCAAGAAGAGCUGUACGACCACCACGGCAGGGCCUGCAUGCCGCUGUCUCCGAACGACAUGGAGAUUGACUGUGAUCUGCUCUCGGUUUCCAAAGCCUACCACCUUGGCCAGGAAGAAACCGACUGGUUUGAGAAACCACGCUCGAGUUCGCGACAUUAUGGCAGCAGCCACUCGUCUGGGAGAAGUCGGCACGGUGUCAAACACACCUACCAUGAUUAUGACGAGCCACCUGAGGAGGACCUGUGGCCCCAGGAUGAAUAUGGCCACGGAGGGCGGCAUUCAUCAUCCCGUGACCACAGGCACCAUGGCACUUCUGGCCGCCACUCGUCCUCGUCACGUCACACUGAUGAUCCGAGGUCCUCCAGGUCAACAAAGGGGCACCCCAAGGACCCUUCUAUGCACAACGAUCCCUCGGGACGAUCUUCGUCUACAGGGAGGCGUGGUGAGUCAAGGUCAAGAGGAUAUCACUCUUCGGACUACCCAAGGGAUCCAUCUGGACAUCAUCACGGCCAAAGAACUUCCAGGCAGGGAGACCCACACAGGUCCUCACGCAGCAAGUCCCAGGGACCAGUAGACAUGCAGGGUCAACCACCGGGUUCUUCCAGGUCGGGCAGCGGCUCCGGUCGGGUUCAGGGCUCUGCCAGUGGGCCUGCAGGAUCAGGGCGACAAGGUGGUCCAGGUUCUCAGACAGACAUGACUGCGGGACAGAGGACCCAGCUUCAGCAGCAAGCCCAGACAUCAGCAGCCAGACCGGGACAGCCCGGUGCCACAGCAGCCCCUGGCCUUCAGCCGCAGACGCCGAACCAAGGACAAGUCAUGGGGCCGGGCCAGGCCAAGCAGGGCCAGAUGGGACCAGCUGGUGGGCCAAUGGGCCAGGCCAGGCAGGCAGGUCCGGCAGGAACCACACCUUCCACCAUGAUGAAGCUCGACACACCUCCGGUUACAGCUAUCGGAGCGAAAGCAGCACCUGUCAUGGCCUCCAAGAUUGCCCAGCCCCCGCUUACAGGCAUAGGCUCCAAGGCGGCUCCUCGACCUGGAGGUAUCGGCAGCGCUGCAGCAGGUCAGCCUGGCAUGGAGGGAGAAGGCAUGUUUUCCAAGAUCCUGCCCGGAGGAGCUGCUGAGCAGGCCGGCAAACUGGGAGAAGCCAUCUCUGGUUUUGGCAAGAAGUUUACCUCUUUAUUCUGAGACACUAAUAUUAAGGUAUGUUUUUCAAGUCCUCCAGUAUAUAUAUAGAGAGAAAGAGGCAAGUUGAACAGGAAAGAAGAUGAUGAUUUUUAAAGUAAUACAGCUCUGGUUUCUCUCCCGUUUUGUGUGAGAAGUAAAACGUGUGCAGUCACAGUUGGAUUGUGCUUUUUCAGUGAGAAUGAAACAAAAGGUACUUCUCCUGUUCGGCAGAGUAAACCCAUCAGGCAGCUGUGGUUCUAACCAGUUCGUUGUGAAUAAAAGAAGUUGAUUUUUUUUUCUUUUUUUUUUUCAGUGAGCUGUAAAAAUAAAGCUUGUUGGAACAGUGUUGGCUGCUGCGUGUUGUGUAUUUUCUCCUUGUUGACAGUGUUGGAGGAGGCAGUUUACUCAGAGCAGUCGGUGUGCUCCUGAAGCAGCGCCUCUUCCUCUGUUUGUUUCUCUGUCUUGACUUGUACUUUUGGUUUUGACUGCUCCGCACAAGGAGGAAAAAGAGACGUGAAGAAGAGAGACCGAGGUGACAAGGAGAGGAGACCUGAGCACACUGCCAACAAGGACUGAAAUCCUUUGGAUGCUUCAUGUUCCAACACAGAGCCAACACUGUCCGAGAAAAGCUGCUGCUCCCUCCGACAGGUCAUCCUAUCAUUCUGGGUCCAGGCCAACAUCUUUGUCCAGAGGAACUCUCCGUUUUCAUCCGCCAUCCUCCGGCACAGUGAACCCAAAAUAUCGUUCAGCCUCUCCAUUAUUGUUCAGCAGCAGCGACGAACAUCUGCGUCUCUUCAUCACCGACGAGCAGCUGGAGGCUAAAUAUGACAGACGAAUGAAAGAAAAAAAAAGAAGGGUUUGGAUUCAGAUCCUCCUCCGUGGCAACGGUGGGAGAUCUGCGUGUUCCAGAGAUCUGUGCAAAACAAACUCAGUGGAGGCCGUUUGUUGAUGAAGGCGAGGGCUGCUCUUCCUCUACAGCUGCAGCGGCGUGCAGAAAUCCUCAGCCCUGCGCUCGGUCCAGGGGUUACGGCUGCGUCGCCUCUCUCCUCUUUUUUUCUUUGUCUCUUUUCAAAGUAAAAACACAGGGAAAACGUCAAAACUCACCGCAGGUUUUUCUUGUACUGAAGACUAAAACACCAAGAAGGAAACUGAGCAAUCACCACCUCACACCGAAGGGAAAACACGAUGAUGAUGACACAGACGCGAGCGUGUCGACGUGCGUUUCCUUCCACGGUUUUCUCUCUUUCUGUCUACAUUCCAGGUUGGAACUGUGUCCUUCUUCCUCACCUCUCUCCGUUUCCUGAAUGCUGAUUUUUUUUUUCUAAAUCUCCUCCUAAAAUCCACAACUUGCCAUUUCUUUAAAAAAAAGGAAAAGUGGAUUAAAAAAUAAUAAUAAUUUGAAAUGCAUGGAACUUUAUAUCCAAGACCUUACACUGUUUCAUCAGAACAGAGGCCAUAAAGACAUUGAGAAACACAUUUUAGCUCGAGAAAUAAACGAAAAGAAGAGAAAAGUCAAGCAACACGUGAGGAUCUGGCCUUGGGUGGGGAAAGAUUGAGGGGAAUAGUCUUUUGUUUACUUGUGGUGUGUGCGUGCGUUUAUUUGACCUUAUUUUUUAUGAAAAGAUAUAAAUGGUAUUGGGAGUGAAGCCGUGUGUAAAAGGGUAAAACUGCAAAGCCAUGAAGACAAUAUUUACCUGUAGAGUGUGGCAAACGCUCGUCUCUAAAUGCUCCACACAAACCCGUCUCUUUUUUAAUUUUUAUUAUUUUUAAAAUUCAUUUUAUUUUUAUUUAAUUUUUUCUAUUUGCCUUGAUUUUCUGUUGCAGGUUGACAAAAUUGCCUUAAUUAUCUUAAAUGUUUUACUUUAAAACUGCAAGUGGCACGUUUUAUUUAUUUUAUGUUUACAUCAUUUCCAACACAACCUUUUUUAUGAAUUAAUAUCGGCUAGAACACAGAGAGAUUCAUUUCUAUUUUUUUAAACUUACAUUGCUUUUUGAUAAUUGUUUGUGAUGUUAUUUAUAUUUUAUUUAUUAUGUAACUUUUUUUUUACUUCUUACCUGCCACCCCCCUGUCAAUUUUUCUGACGAUUUACUAUCAAUAAGCAUAAAAGCAAUAGCGUAAGAGGUAAGAAAUAGCACAAUUUGGUGUCGUUUUCAAAGCUGGUUGAACAGAAAACGUGUUGCCUUCACAAGUCUAAUUUAUCACCGAUGUUCUGCUCAGACACCACGGGGUGAACGGCAGUGUUGUGGAGAGUUCAUCUGUAAACCACCCAGAUCUGUUCCUCCGACUGAGACCAUGAUCCGGAACGGAUUGAUGUUAGCUUUUGUUAGACGUAGUCGGAUCCGAAAGCACUGCAGGGCAGCAGGGAGACACUGAGAUGCAGAGCAGAACUGGACUUCCAUCGCCUGCAAGGGCGGGGCUUUUUGGAGGUCCUUCCUCCAAAAUGGGACAUUUAUUGGGAUUCUGUAAAAAACAAUGUGUCGCAUGUCUCCUCACUCUGUCGUACGUAAGCAACCUGAAAGCACACUCCGAACAGUGUCGAAGAAAAGGAAGACAAAUCUGCUCUUGUGUGACCUUUGAACCAAAAAGAAACACAACGUCACUCGCCUUUUCACCUUCUGUUUUCUAUCCUGGUUGGAGAUCCAGACCUCUAAUCCCUCCCGCCCGCCCCUCACUUUUCCAAAAACAAACAAAAAAAAACUAACAAAAAAAAUCUUUUCUCUCAGACUGUCAAGUCGUCACGGAAAAAUUCUCAGGUCAGUAGUAAUUCGCCCUGCUGUUGCUCCUGCAGUGCAUUGUGGGAAUCUGUGGUUUGGUACAACACCCAUCAGGGCCGGACAUUGCGAGGCCUUGAGCGACACGAACUCCUGCUGUAUGUCGUCUUUGUGAACGCUCGCUGGGAAACCCUCGCAUGCUGCCCGGCGCGGAAAAACAAAACAAAAAAAAAACUCAAAAAGUCACCUCUAUAUUGUUCUGUUCCUACUGUUUGUAUGUUUGUGUGUUGGGGUUGUGUGUGCGUGUAUUUAACAAUCAUCGUCCAAUUGUGGGAACGAAGAGAAAACAGGUUGAACCAAUAAUCGCAGGCAAAGGAGGCGACCUCUCAUCUCCAGUCGUUCUAUGCAAUGAAUCAUAUUCGGGGGGGACAGAAACAUGAAGAAGUAAAGGCAAGUUGAACAAAGAUGGGGGAAAAAAAUCACGCUCAUUGCUCGUCACAUCUGAGUUAGGAUUUCAUGUCUGCUUUGUUUCGCUUUUCGGUAGAAAACUCGAGACUUUUCAGGGUAUUUUUCAAAGAUCUGUUCAUGACAGCGGCAGCAAAGUUUGUGGGGUAUAUUUUAUUCUUUUCAGCAGAAUGUCUGCCUGACGAACAAAAAUGUUGAAUUAGCAGCAAAGUUGCCACAAACACAUCUCUGCAGGUAUUGUCCACCUGUGUUAGUUUAGCGGGACUGAACCGGGUGCACGAAAAAUGGUGUCUAAAUUUUAUAUCCUCACCAAAAAAAAAAAAAAA